AAUAAAACUCUAUUUCAUCGUAGAUUCUCUCAAUCUCUAAGCAGCCAACCCUAAUUCAAGCUUAACAUAUAUUACUUCCACUUUCCCAUACAAAUCCAAAUCAAGAAAAGGAAAAAGAAAAAACUAGACGUUAGAGAGAAACUUUAACCCACAUGGGACCCAAAUCUCCCCACCACAAAAACAAUUCGAGAAUUCAGAUCCCAUCAUUUCAAUCGAUUUCUCUUUGCAGAAAAACAAAAGAUUCAUUUCGCUUAUAAGAGAAAAAUCAGUGUCCAAGAGGAGUAUACAUUAGAAUUUGGAAAAUAAAUAAAUAAAAUAAAAAGACUUCUCUUUUUAGGGCAAACAAUACACCCACAUAUAAAAAUAUUGUUCCUUUUCUCUACAAAUCUUUGGUGGUCACUUCUUUAAACAGCCGUAAAACUCGGUUGGUUUCUCUGUUUUUCUUGCUUGGGCAUGUAACGAGUUGGACCUGUUUGAGCCUUGUUCAAAUUUUAAAGUGAAAGAGUGAGUGAGUGAUUGAGUGACAGCCAUUGAAUAGGAGUGAGUGAUUGAGUGACAGCCAUUGAAUAGGUUUUGUUACGUAUAUAGAAUUAGAAGCAUCAAAUUAAAGGGUUUAUACAGGAAGAAGAGAAGACAGAAGGGUUUUGCAAAGAGAAGAGUGAAAUGGGAGAACCAACUUGCCUUAUGAGAUCAUUUUCUCAUCCAUCUAAUGCUUCUCGUGAAGCCAAAGAAGGGCCAAACUGAGUGUGAAUCCGUUCUUGGAUGGAUGCUCAUUAACAUGAAUUCUUGAUUAUGCUUAAUGAUUUCAUAUCCAAGGUCAAAGAAGUUAAUUUAAAUGAGUUUCUUUUAUCUUCUUUCAAUGUUUUCCGAGAAACAGAACAGGGAGUUUCAAACGUUGUACAGGGUGACCCUCUUCGAGCACUAACAGAAUCAAUAUCCUUUGGGAGAUUUAUGUCAGAAUCUUUAGCCUGGGAAAAAUGGUCAACCUUCUCUCACAACAGAUACUUAGAAGAAGUUGAGCAGUUUUCCAAGCCAGGUUCUGUUGCUCAGAAGAAAGCUUAUUUUGAAGCUCAUUAUAAGAAGAGAGCUGCCAUGAAAGCAGCAGCCUCGCUUGAGCAAGCAAAUAAUGUAGUUAGUACUAUCCCAGAAGUAGAAACUGCAUCUAAUCUGGCGGAGGUAGAUGCUGCGGACAAAACUCAGAAUGAUUCACCUAUGGAUUCGAUAUCAGCCGAAGCAACAAAUACUGCUGCCCUUGAUAAGCAACAGGAGAAAGAUUCCCUGAAGCUACCUCAUUCUGCUGAUGCAAAUUCAUUUUAUACAGACGAUGGAAAGGAUAGUUCACAAAUUGCAAUUGUGGAAAGUGCUGAAGUGGCAAUACAAGAAACUGUUGAGCUGGAGAACCUUACUCAGGUGGAAAAUUCAAAGCAGCUUGAUAAUGCUAAUGACUUUGACAAGAUUGUGGCUUCAGCAGAAGAGAAAAUGUCUAAUAAGAAUGCUGCUGAACAGAAGAAUUCGGCACUACCAAGUAAUAAAAGACAAAUGAAUUUGUCAUCAAAAUUAUCAAAUCAGGGUAGAGCUUCCAAACUCCCAAAGUCUUCUACCAAGCAGCCCAGUUCCGCACAGCUGAAAGGUGCAACAAAUGUUCAUCCAAACAGUAAGAAGUCCUUAGGAGACAUGAUUGACAGAAAGAGAUUAGCUCCAAAAUCUGUUCAUAUGUCAAUCAAUUUGGCUCCUCGCUCUGGAGAAACCAGUAAAAGUUCUGCCAGAAUGUCGAAAGAGAGUUCAACAACACCAAAAAAUCCAAGGGCAUCUGUUUUUGGGAUAUCAAAGCUUCUUUCUUCAAUAAACCGGUCAUCAGAAGAGAAAAGAACCCGGUCAUUUCUCAAUAAGUCAGUUUCUGGCGGAACAAUAGCAGGCGGGAUAUUGCAGGCCCUCUCUGGGGACCGCACAAAGUCUUCAAGUUCAAAUGGAAGCAAAGAACGAUCGUCAAUUAUAUCCUCACCCUUUAGCUUUAGGAGUGAAGAAAGGGCCGCAAAACGUAAAGAGUUCUUUCAGAAGCUUGAAGAGAAGAACAGUGCAAAGGAGGUAGAAAAGACACGUGUGCAAGUUAAAUCUAAGGUUCCUUUGACACGACCUCGAUCACCAAAGCUGGGAAGAAAGCCUUCGUCCAAUGUGGUACAGGAAACAAGCUUUCCACUUCCUAGGCAGCCUUCAGCACAUGCUGCAAGCUCCAAGCGUAUUGUAUCCAAAGGUAAUCAAAGCAUAACUCGUUCAGUCACUUUGCUACCAAAGAAGAAAGCACAUGAGAAUGCUUCUCCAAAUAUCCAGCAUUGAGCUCCCAUAGAGAGGGCAUUUCAAGGAAGCAUCCAAUUGGAUAUUCUGUCGAAGUGAUUGACCCAGCUAGUGAUUGUGCAGAUAUUCUUUUGUAAUUACACACUACAGAGCAGAAAAUAAUCCUGUAAUGGCAGUGGGAUUCAGGUUAGAGGAAAAUUAGCUAAGAGUAAGUGUUUGUUGUUGAGAACUGCUUUCAGCAUCCAGCAAAAUGUCAUACUGGUCCUUUAUCUGUCAUAAUAUGGGUACCUAGGAAGGUAAGCAGUUUUGGAGAUAUAAUAGAAUGUAUUACUUUUGUAUUAAAGGUUGGUUACAUGGCUGCAUGUAAAAGGGGAUAUGCUGUUAUGCAAUUUUGAAUGAUUAUUGCUACAUAAUUUGACUA